AUGUUCUCGGCUGAAUUCUCCGGGGCCAGAAACCCAAGCAUGGGCGCGGCCUCUAUCCUAUAUUCCUCUCGAGGUUUGCCGGUAGAUCAGGGCGAACCUGCGUCCGAGCAAUCUCACAAAGAGGAUUACGAGAGUAUACAACGUAAGCGGCGCGCAGAAAUGAUUCUCGCACAGUACGAUCUGCUGAUGAAGUACGCCGUGGAGAACAACCUGUCGAUACCCCAGACUCGACAGUAUUUUCGGAAGGUGGCGUUGGGAAUUCCCACGGAACCUAUCAUCAAGAAUUGGUUCCCUAGUUGA